CUGUUAACACACAGUAACCACCGGUAAUAUUUUUAUAACAAAAUAAAUAUAACAAAAUGAAUAAAAGAUACACUGAGAUAGCUUUUAAUAUCUAUAAAACCCUACAUGCAUUUAUACUUCUUAUUACAUUACAAAACUCCUCUCUCUCUCUAUCUCUCUCUCACUCUCUCUCUAAAAAACCUUAAUAUCCACAAAUGGGAUCUCUCCCACCACCCCACGGCGGCGAUAAUGGCGGCCGUCACCACUUCGUGAUUUUCCCCUUCAUGUCCCAAGGCCACACCAUCCCCCUCCUCCACCUCUCCCGCCUCCUCCACACCCGCCGCUCCGCCGCCGUCACCCUCAUCACCACCCCCGGCAACGCCGCCGCCAUCCGCGCCGCCCUCCACGACCUCCCCGCCAUCUCCGUCGUCGUCCUCCCUUUUCCCGACGACAUUUCCGGCGUCCCCGCCGGCGUCGAAAACACCCACAACCUCCCCUCCAUGGCCGCCUUCCUCCCCUUCGCCAAAUCCACCAAAUUCAUGUCCGCCGCCUUCGAAACCGCCCUGGAUAACCUCCGGCCGCCGCCCUCCGCCGUCGUCUCCGAUGCCUUUUUGUCGUGGACCUUGCCGGCGGCGGAGCGCCGCCGCAUCCCCCGCCUCGCGUUUUUUGGCAUGGGAGCUUUUUCGACGCUUAUGCAUCAAAUUUUGGGCAGAGAAAAACCCCACAGAUUUGUUAAAUCGUUAGACGAACCGUUUUCCAUGCCGGGAUUUGAUCAUUUGAAGUUCACCGGAAAUGACUUCGAGCCGCCGUUCAACGCCGUUGACCCCGCUGGAGAAUACUUCGACUUCAUGUCGGAAAAUUUAAUUUCGGUGGCGCAAAGCUUCGGAGUGAUUAAGAAUACUUUCUACGAAUUCGAAAAAGAUUUUGUCGAUUGUUGGAAUGAAAAAAUCGGGCCCAAAGCGUUUUGCAUCGGGCCGCUGUGUCUGGCGGCGCCGCCGCAGGAGAAGACACAAUUGGCGGGGGCGGAGACGGCGGCGACGGCGGCGGCGAUUGAAUUUUUGGAUGGGAAAUUGGGGGAAGGGGUUAGGGUUUUGUACGUUUCGUUCGGGACUCAGGCGGAGGUUUCCGGCGAGCAGGCGGCGGCAAUCGCCGCCGGAUUGGAGGCGGCGGGGGUGAGUUUUUUGUGGGUGGUGAGGGAAAAUUGGACGUCGGAAUUUUUCGGGGGGUUUAAGGAGAGGACGAGGGGUAGGGGGGUGGUGGUGGAGGGGUGGGUGGAUCAGGUGAGGGUUUUGAACCACGGCGGCGUCGGGUGGUUUUUGAGCCACGGCGGGUGGAAUUCGGUGACGGAGAGCGUGGCGGCGGCGGUUCCGGUGGUGGCGAUGCCGGUGAUGGCGGAUCAGCACGCGAACGCGCGGUUUGUGGCGGAGGUGGCCGCCGUGGGGGUGCGGGUGAUGGCGGAGGGGGGGUCGGUGAGGGGGUUUGUGUCGGCGGCGGAGGUGGAGAGGGCGGUGCGCGAGGUGAUGGAGGGUGGGGCGGCGGUGAGGGGGAGGGUGGCAGAGUGGGGGGCGGCGGCGCGUGGGGCUAUGGAAGAAGGGGGGUCGGCUAUACGCGCGUUGGAUAGGUUGAUUGAGGAAGUCGGGAGAUACAAUAAAUGCUAAGGUCGUGUAAUACUAGUCUAUUAAAUAAUAAUCAAUUAUUAUUAAAAUAUAUGUGGCAUAGUUUGACUUUGAAAAUCAAAAUAGAAAUUUUUAGGGUGUGUUUGUUUGGGGAAUUAGAUUGAAUUUACACUUUUUAUCCAAUUUUUUUUUCCUAAAUAAAUCAAAUUAAACACCUAUUUUUUAUUUUUUAUAUUAUAUUAAAAAUUAAUUUUACAUUCAAAAUAUCACAUCAACAUCUAUUUAUAUCACAUCGUACAACUAUUCAAAUUCAAAAUUUUUACUAUUCAAAUCCCAACCUAAAAUCCAAACCCCCAAACAAACACAUCCUUAGUAUUUUUUUUAUAAAUAUUUAUACUUUAUCCAAUAUGUACGAAUUAUAUUAAUGGAGUUUACAUGUAUUUUAUAAAGUGUAGAUUUUCUUUCUAAA